AUGAGGCGUCCUCAGCCCAAAGGCCUCAUCACCCAGUUUUCGUAUGGCGGGCCAUCGUUCGAUAUCAGCUUGGAUUCCGCCGAUCUGUUCGGCGACAUCACCAAUGUGGUGGGUGCCACGGUCGUCCUUAUCAAAACCGGAUUUUCGACCCACGCUAUUAACAUGGGCCAACGUCUCCUUCAGCUCCAAUCUACCUACACCGGGUUCAGCAAUAACACGGCCCUUCUCCACGUCGCACAGCUCCCUCCGAACCCUGCCAUCAUUGCCCCUGGCCCCGCGUGGUUGUUCGUCGUUGUAAAUGGCGUCCCUUCCGUCGGCGUUGAGGUGAUGCUCGGUUCCGGGAAGAUUGAGACACAGCCUGCUUUGCCUGCAACGAUCCUGCGUGAUUCCUCGAUGGUCAAGGCGGUGGACGACGAUGUGACCUCUUCGGCAAAUAAUGGCACCAAGUCCAGCGCUGGGGUGCGCAUGCGCGUAGGGGAUGGUGGGUAUCUUCCUGCGUGGCUGGUGGUCGGUUUUGCGCUCUUGUUGGGAUGUGACACCUUGAACAAGGGACGAUCGGGCAGUUGA